CCUGAACACAAUGUAUUUUCAACACUACUUAGUUUCAUUAUUGUGGUGUAUCGCUUGUCUAGCAUUUCUUAAAAGCCGUCUUUAAAUAUAACACUGGAGAUUACGAAAUUCGUAAUAGCUUACAAUUUAUUCCAGUUUGAUCGUCAUUCAGCCUAUGGAGGCUACUAAUCUCUUAUCAACUUUGGAACUUCUGUGUGCACCCAAAAAGCUUGAUCGUGAGAGAGGCGAAGACCAACUAAAUAACAUAUCACUAACAUCUGACGAAGUUAAGUUGGUGUCAAGUUGGAUAGAAGAGAAGUUGGAAGGACUAUCUAACUGGGAAGACGUCUUCGGUGGGAUCACUGCAGCUAUCAUUCUACUUCGCAAUGUUGAUUAUGGAUCUCUAGUAGAUAUUGGUAUUGUCGGUAAAUUAGAAGACCAAGUAGUUCAGUGUCAUGAUAACCCUGAAUUUCGAGUUCGGAUAGCUGCAGGUCAACUUAUGGGUUCUCUCUGUCGACAUGCUGGAUUAUCUUUAUUUAACCGGUACUUACCCACUGUAAUUCAGGGUGUCAUCACUAAUUUAGAAAGAAAUACUGAAGCACCUGUAUCUGAAGCUGAGUUAUCUCUUCGAGAACUCAACAUAGCUAAGGAACACAGUACUAAUUUGAGCAGCAGUUCUCUGUCUAUUUUUCAUGAUACAGCAGGUUGGAAAAACUUGGAAACAUGGAUGAAAUGCUUACAGGAAAUGGUGUCAAAUCUUCCAUCCAAAGAUUUCAUUAAAGUGGAUAAAACUAAUAUUUUGGAACUUACUUUUAAAGCUGUUCAGCACGUUAAUCGUUUCGUACGUGAAACAGGUUAUGAUGUUUUGUCAACAAUGAUUUCUCGUCACUUAUGUUAUACGGAGCCAGAAGCAAAAGAACCAACUUAUAUCAACGUCGCAACCCAACUUGUUAAGGGUUUAUCAGAUAAUUGGAGUCAAGUCCGUAUGGCCGCUUCCAGGGCAGUACGAACUCUUUUUGAGGUUGAUCCUCCCUCUGGAUUUACGAGAGAUGAUAUUUACCCCAUUCUCCUACCAGCUAUGUGUUUAAACAGAUAUUACGUUGCUGAAGGCGUCAGGAUUUAUAGUCAAGAUACUUGGUGUCGUGUUACUCAAGGGGAAGGUCGAAGGUUACUUGGUCAGUAUUUAGUCCCAGCUGUUGAUUAUUACAUUCAACAAAGUGAUGCUGAUAAUCAUGCGGUUCGUGAGGCUUCUUGUGCGUCUAUGGCUGAGAUUGUAACUAAAUUAGAUUCAAAGUUGCUACUACCGUGUGUUGGUAAAUUGCUCGAUGCCUUAAUUGUAUGCUUUGGAGAUGAAAGUUGGCCAGUGAGAGAUGCGGCCUGUGUAGCACUCGGUUCGUUGAUUUCCACUUUUCCUAAUGAGACACGCGCGUCUGGCCACGAUGAUUUAAUGGCUUCACAAUUCUUACGAAACCUAAAUGAUAGUAUUCCAUCAGUCCGUGAUGGUGCAGCUAAAUCGAUUGCUGCGAUUUUGAAAUCAGUUGAUGAUCAAAAUUUAUUCCAACAUUAUAUCAAUCAUAUCGUAGAGAAAAUUGAUGGAUUAAGCAAACAGCCUAAAGAAUCUCACGGUGCGGAAUCUAGUCGUGUAUCUGGGAAAGGCCCAGGAGCCUCUCAUGUUACUGUUCAUAGUGGAGAUGCUGCUCAUGACAGUCGUCACACUGAUCAAGUUAUGUACUCCUGUGGAUCCUUGGCCCCAAAGCUUCAGAAAGGUCGAAAAGGUGGUGGUUGUCACGAUGGUCUUCAUCAACGUACCAGUGAACCUUGGGAAGAGGCCGACGGCGCGAUUCGCUUGAUUGGCCAAAUAUCAAACAUGUUUCCAAACCGAGUCACUGAUGAUUUGAUUGAGCAACUAUUGAAGGGUUGUGAAUAUCGAAAUUAUACCCACUAUCCUUAUUUCUUGGAAACUGGUAAGCAUAAUCUUUAAAAUUGUAAUAUUAUAUACUAUAAUCUGAGCUUAAAAGUAUGCGACUAAAGAACGGUGGGUUUGGUGUUUUUGUGCAACAAUAUCGUUUAUAGCUACAGUUUAUUACAUGUAAUGAACCAUUUUUUUCUACCCUUGAAUUCAUCGAAUUCCUAUGGAUAUUAAAGCUUUGAAAAUUGACAAAAUUCUGGUUGUAGUUCAAUUGUAAUUUAAAUGUUACUUUGAAUAACAUCUUUUAUAAGUGAACUACUCUGUUGGCGCUGAAUCAGCCUGUAGUAGUAACCUUGUCUCAGACAAUUAAACAAUCCAGUACAGAGAAGACAAUCAACCAAAAGUAUCCAUUUGAGAUAAAAUAUCUUAGAACAGAAUCCUAGGAAAUGGAUUAUUUUGCUACUGUGAUUGUUCUUAAUGCAAUGUACAAGUGCUUUAUCCAUUUUUAUAUUUAGCAUAAUAAAGUAAAUAUAUUUUAAGUUUUGUAAAUUUAGCAAGCGAAAUAAUUAAGUUUAAUUCGUGAACAGACGCACCACGUUAUUUAAACCUCCUCAUCUAAUUUUUUUGCACAAACACUUUUGUAGUAUCGUUUAGCUCAAUUUUUAUUUGUUUUAAAACUGAAUAUGCUGUCAUUCUUCUCCCUUUUAAACAAUUGGUUCUCUUUUUCCAGCUUGUGAUGUAAUCGCACAACUGUGUAAACACCUCGAAAAACCUCGAUUUAAAAAAUAUAUGGAUACGUUUCUGGAAGUAUUAGCAACCUCCGUAGAAAGCAAAUUACCUCUGGCUGUUAAUGCUGCAUCGGAAUGUCUUGAGUCUAUGGGAAAUCGUUUUGGUCCAAGCGUGCUACGUGGUCGAAUUAAAAGUCAUAUUAAUGCAUUUGUUUCUGAAAACCUAAUUGAUUUAUUACCUCCUGUGUAACACUUUUACCAUUUUGUCCAGUACAAUGACUAAUGACUAGCAUCACUGUCUGUUUUAUAUGUGAAUUAACAAAUUUUUUAUUAAUCGUUUAUACUUUAAACUCCUGGUCCUUCAUGAAAGGAAAUUCCAAAAAUAAAACCUACUCAAUGUAAUUUUGAUUACUUUUCGUCAAAACAUGCAAUCUGCAUUGGUAUAUACUAAUAAUUUGUGGUAUUGUAUGAGAUCAAAUACUAGUCUCCUGUAUUAGAUAUAUUGUAAAAAUUGGUGAAUGGUGUAAAUAUGAGAGUCUACAGUUAGGUAUUCGUACGAAUAACAGUUUUCCGUAUUUAUAUUAUGUUAGUCUAGUGGAGCUCGUGACACAUCAACCACUCGGCCAAAAGGUAGGAUACUGUAACUUACGAGUGAAUUUGACCAGCCCUCACAUAUUACGUGCUGUUAAUGCUAUAAGGACUUAUAAGUGUUUGUUGGAUUUCAAUUUUAGUUAAUUAGUAUUUAAUAACAAGACUAAGGAGUGAACAUAUAUUUUGGAGAAACCCAGCUCAAUAUUCUGAAGAAUCGACCUGGUUACUUCCGAUAUCAUAUAGUAAGAGAGCUGUGUACUCUGUUCGUUUCUUUUGUUACACUGUUUUAGUCGUUAUCUUGCUUUGAUUCCAGUCAAAUUAGUUCUCAAAAGGUUCUGCGAGGUAUUUGGAGUAGUUCGUUAAAGCGUGUAUCUAGUUAGUCAUUCACUUUGAAAUAUUCCGUUUUUGCUUAGCGUAGUUUCUAUAGACGUCUAUGUAGGUUAGCUAUAUACAAAAUUUCGUGUUCAGUUCGAAAAACGAUUAAAUAAUGUAAAAAUGCUAGACAGUUUGUCCCUUGUUUCAGACUUUAAAAAUAUCCGUGUCAUCCACCUAGUCCCAUAGACUAAAAACUCACAAUUUUGAUAGGAAAUUCAGUAGUCAAUCAUACAACGGGAUUCAUUGGACAUUUUGGAUUUUUAAAUCUAAGUAAAGCAAGUAGUGUCGGACUAAAUGUACUUCAAAGACUGCAUUUAAAAUCGCUUCUAAAUAUGGAACACUAAGGAACUAACAAGCGUCUAAUUAGAGAUUAACCGAUGACUUGCUCAGUACACUCGGCUUAUAAUAAGAAGUGAGUUAUUUUAUGGUGUAGAUUGACAAGUACGAAACAAGCUUAGCUACUUCCCAUGUACGCAAUUUUUCCAUUUCACUUCUGAGUUGCCAAGGUGUUGGUGUAAACCAGUUCCAGGUUAUGACAUUGCAUUUUACAGAUGAUACUUACUUACUUACGCCUGUU